CUGAUUGGCCGCGGACGAAGCGUUUCGCGUUUCCUGAACCGGGUCACGCACGGCGGCUCAAAUAUCCCAGAGUUCCUGGCGAGGGUUCUUUCUUUUUCCGGCCGGCCAUUUUCUCUCCCUGGAGGGACAUAAGGAGCCAUGGCGCCCAGCCGGAAUGGCAUGAUCUUGAAUCCCCAUUUUCACAAAGACUGGCAAAGACGAGUGGCCACAUGGUUUAAUCAGCCUGCUAGAAAGAUCCGCAGGAGGAAGACCCGUCAGGCGAAGGCCCGUCGUAUUGCUCCACGUCCGGUAUCUGGACCAAUCAGGCCAAUUGUGAGGUGCCCCACUGUACGAUACCACACAAAAGUCCGUGCUGGUAGAGGAUUCAGCUUGGAGGAGCUGAGAAUGGCUGGCAUCAACAAGAAGUUUGCCCAGACAAUUGGUAUUUCAGUGGACCCCAGACGCCGUAACAGGUCAACAGAAGCCCUGCAGGCAAAUGUGCAGCGGCUGAAGGAAUACCGCUCUAAGAUCAUUCUCUUUCCCCGGAAACCUUCUGCCCCUAAGAAGGGCGACAGUGCAGCUGAAGAGCUCAAGAUGGCCACACAGCUCUCUGGACCAGUUAUGCCAAUCAAAAAUGUCUACAAAAAGGAGAAAGCCCGGGUUAUAUCGGAGGAAGAGAAGAAUUUCAAGGCUUUUGCCAGCCUGCGCAUGGCCCGGGCAAAUGCUCGGCUCUUUGGCAUCCGGGCUAAGCGAGCCAAGGAAGCAGCAGAGCAGGAUGUGGAAAAGAAGAAAUAAACUCUUUGUUUGGAGCACCUCAAUAAAGGAUAGAUUUGGAACUA